AUGUCUGCAGAUCACGCUAGAGAUCCAUGUCCAAUCGUUAUUCUCAAUGAUUUCGGUGGUGCUUUUGCUAUGGGUGUUAUUGGUGGUUGCGUAUGGCAUGGUAUAAAAGGGUUUAGAAACUCUCCACAUGGAGAAAGAGGAUAUGGUGCACUUUCAGCAAUUAAGGCCAGGGCACCAGUAGUGGGAGGUAAUUUCGGUGUUUGGGGUGGUUUAUUUUCAACAUUUGACUGUACAGUUAAAGCUGUACGUAAGAGAGAAGAUGCAUGGAAUGCAGUUAUAGCUGGUUUCUUUACUGGUGGUGCCUUGGCCAUCAGAGGUGGGUGGAAACAUACGAGAAAUUCUGCAAUCACUUGUGCUUGUCUUUUAGGUGUCUUUGAAGGUGUGGGAAUGAUGAUGCAAAGAUUACAAGCACAACCUACUAUGGCUCCAGUAUAUCCAGAAGAGCCUGCCAAACUUGCCGCUUAG